AAGAGGUCCACAGUGAUUGAACUGAUACCAUCCGAAAAGUGAGGUUUGUCUGUGGAUUGUUUGUAAUACGAUGAGGAAACAGCCAACCCAUACUUCAAGAUGAGUUAUAAACUGUUGACUGACGCCCCGUUACCUGAGGCUAGUGGCUACACUACCACUUGGCAGGGGUGGACAUCGAAUGAAACCGAGGUGGCCGAUGACGAUUUACCGUACGGAGCCCAGGCCAGGAUCGUCACCCUUUGGAUCCUCUUCGGCGUUGGGAGCUUCGGCAACUCGCUCGUCUUCAUCUGGCUGUGUUUGUUUCGCCGGAGGAAAUCUCGUCUUCACAAGAUCGUGUUCGGCAUCUCGAUCGCAGAUAUGUGCGUCUGUAUCUUCAACGUGCUGGUGAGCGCCAUUUUGGAACUCCAAGACGAUGUGUGGUACGCGGGUAAUGUCUUGUGUAAACUCGUCAUGUUUAUGCAGAGCGUGAGCCUGAUCGCUUCGAGCAAUUGCGUCGUGCUCUUAGCAGUUGACAGGCAUCAAGCCGUCAGGAGCCCCUUGAAGAAGGGCUACUCAGUCAGGAUGGGUCUGACAAUAGCCUGGUCGUGCGCUCUGCUCUUUUCCAUCCCUCAGAUGUUCAUCUGGUACCAGAAGGACACCCGUGGCUCCAAGACAUGCACAACCUUCUUCCCAGCACCGGUGUUAUCCUGGAGGGUGGCCUACAUCACCUAUGCGGCCGUGGUGGAUUUUAUCGUACCCUUUUUCGUCGUUCUCAUCGCGUACAUCAGGAUCACUCAGAAGAUUUGGAUUCGCGCCUCCGCUGGGUCUAGUUUUAGCAACUCGAUCAAGACAACGGCCGUUUACUCCAACGGCGAUCGAUUGAACAUGCGGGUGACGGCGUCCCCGCUGAUGAAUAAAGCACGAAAUAAAACACUCACCAUGUCCACCGUCAUCAUUAUCGUCUUCAUGACGUGCAUGUCGCCUUAUUUCAUCGUGGAGAUCAUCCGCUCGUACAGCCAGGGUUUUCAAAUCAACCAGAAUGUCUACGCCGUGCUCGGCACCUUUGCCGUGUCAAACUCCGCCGUCAAUCCGUACAUUUUCCUGGUGUUCAACCUGGGAAGCCACGCCAAAACGAGGAGGGACCGGACAUGUACUUCAACCACGUAGAAUAUAUUAAUGCAAUUCUAAAUAAAUUGGUGUAAUUUAUUAUGUAAAUUAAAGUGCCAAGCCACUGUGGUGGGAGGAGUUGGGCCAAAAUGGAUGUACAGUUUUCUUUUCCACACACACUCAUGGCAAAAACUUUGGUGUUAAAAUUGACACAAUGGGUGUUGUCACACUAUAUAUACAAAAGAGAGAAUCCAAGUGUACACCAUGGUGUUAAAAAUAACACUUCUUUCUGCCAAAGAAAACAAUUAAUUUGUGUUAUUUAAACACCCUAUGACGUUAAUUGUGGUUCUCUCUUCGGUAUGUGUAACAACGACCCUGGUGUAAAUUUUAACACCCCAUAUUUUGUAGUAGACACAAAAUAAUGAGUUGACUUACGCUGCAAAAACUGGGGUGUUAAAUUGAUUCUCUUGGCAGCGAUGUGACAGUACCGACACGGUAUACCAACGAUAUAUGGGUUUAAAUAAAACCAUGCUGGUGUUGUCGCAUAUGGAUACCAUGAGGAAUCCAUUUAACACCCCAGUAAUUGCAGUGUCUAGUCACGCUGUACAUAUUUAGGAAAGUGCAUUGUACAUAAGAACUGUCAACUCCUUGGCAAGUUUGCACUUUUUCUUUUUAAGAUCGAGAGUAAAGUGUAAAAUAUACAGCUUCAAUUUACCCAGUACAUGUAAUUGUAAUCACGUUUAUUGUUUGGGUAAACAACUAAUGCCAGAUAGUUAUUUUACUUGAGAGAACCGAGGGUGGGAACAUAUCAGCAGGGCACUUUUUGAGCGAUGCAGGUUGACCAAAUAGGUCAACUGUUUACUUUGUGUGGUAAAAGCUUACCUAAUCGAAUCAUGCUUUGUUCACUUAGCGGUGGUCAGUAGUGCAUGCGAGUUGAACCUGAAAUUGAAUUGAAUUGAGUGUCACGUAUUAUUUUUUUUUUAAUCAGUUAUCCAAGCAAAUUUUCUGGGGCAAACACAACAAGCUGAAGUUCAUUUUGUUUAAAGUAACAAGUCUGAGAUCGCAACUGUUUCUCUGGGGCCGGAAAUCUAGGAGUCCAUCAUGGGUUGUGUGCGUUUAUGCGUAGAGCACAGUCCGUGCCAAGCAUUCAAUCUUUACCAAUUUUAACUAGUUUACUGGUCAACUUGACCCAUACAUAAGCCGUGUCCGAAUAAGCGGCUACAGCUACGGCUUUGGCUAGAAGUAUAGGACGUCCUUAGCAACACCCGUAGCCGUAGCUGUAGCCGCCAAUUCGGAUGCUGCUAAAGAUCAUGCCCCAUGGGUGUAGACUUGAUUCAAGUCCCGUUCUCGUGCGAGAGGUCUCUUAAGCUUAUCCGCCGUCAAAAUGUAGCUGUUGUGGUCCCAGGUUUGGGGGCGGGGGGAGAUAGGGACUUGAGUCAAGUCUACAUGGGACCAGGAAACCGGUUCGUUUUUGACCCGGCACAUCGUUUACAGAGCCAGUUCAGCUUAAAUCGUCUGCAAUGAUAAUAAUUAUGUAAAACGGUGUCCUUUGUUAGAAAUAUGAUGAACUAUUUCAUUUUAACAUUGUGGCAUGAGAUAAUGAAACAAAAAUGCUGAAUGCGGCAACUUUAGCAAGUUUAUGAAUGGCACUUACGUCUAGAGAUAGAGAACUGUGUGGUUGAGAAGUCGGUAAAUCAUGCCAAACUCGAAAAUAGAAUUGCUCGCUAAACGGCACUUCUUUAACGAUCACUAAUAAAAUGAACGAAACAUUAAACCAUUUUGCAAUUAGUCUGUAAUGGGCUUAACUCAUUGCACUGCCAUUCGUGGAUUGCUCGCAGUAAGUCAUUUCUCUCUAAAACUGCUCGUUUUACCCUUUGCUGUUUUCAAACAGAAUGAAUCAUUUAAAAAACCUUCAUGACAUUAACAGUUUUGACGACUGCCCAUUUGUAAGUUCGAUGUUUAAUUAUGGGACAAGAGUUUGCUUUAAGUUCUGCUCUGUUUCUGGUACUUAUAUUCUUUAGGAACUAGUGCUUGACAAUAAACGACCGUUUAAUCAAAUGUUACGAUUUUUAAGGAAGGGUGUUUGCUCUUAAUUGUUUUUUCCCCUCUGUUUCUUGAACACGUGACACUCAUAAAUUAAGGCUCGUUACGCUGUUCUGAAGAACCGGCAAUCUCCUAUCUUAUUCUCUGUAUCUGUAAAAGUGAAGACGGAGACGAGGCACACGUUAGAGCCGUCUUCAUAGAAUGCAAUUAUUGAAGCACACGAAACUUGACGUGGAGGGCGCUCGAUUUAUCAAAAUAAUUAGUUAAUAGAAAUGACUAAAGUUUAUUGAAACGAAAAAAGAGCAUGGAGCAUGCUUUACCUGUUACAAACAUAAUAUAAUGACGAAUGUACUAGUUCAAUCAAUAAUAGUUCAACAAUACUGCUGAUCACUGUCUUUGGGUUUUUUUUUUGCGUGGGCACCUCAUGACAAGGAUAUGAUUAUUUCCAUGGCAACCAACAAAACUCCAGAAAGGUUAUAAACGGUUGCCGUAGCACCGCUUGAGCACUCCACUAUUCAUCACAAUAUGCCUAAUUUGGAAAAGAAACUGUAAAUUAUAACUCCUAUGUGAUAGCAAACUUAUUUAUGCAAUUGCAAUUCUGCAUCAUUCAUGUAUUAUUUCGGGGUCGCCGUGGGGCAUGCUCAAAGGGGACAACAAGUAAAAUAUGUGUCCGGUGGACCCAAUCGUCAAUAGAUAGAGUCCUCUUUUAAAGGCAGUGGACACUAUUGGUAAUGGUCAGAGACCA